GUCUCGCGAUAUUUAGGGCGUCGCUCUCGCGUUGCAUCCAGAGCCUGCGUAAUUGGGCUGCACCUGAGAGUCUAUUGUCGUGAUUUGGGGGGAUAUUUGCGGUCCUGGUUUAGUCUCUGGUCGGUCUCAGCAGGUUUUGGUGAAGAUGCAGGAUGAUGCUCGCUACCUAAAACGGUGAGACGCGCUCAGACACUGGUGGUUGUGCCUGAGGCUCUGACGUUUUUUGCUAAGUGUCUCGUAAGUUUGCUGGGCUCAUGAUUCUCGCACUGUAAUCGGAUCUAAAACUAUAUUCAGACCCUGAUGUAAUGGCUCAAAUCUUCCUUCUCUGACUGUAAAGGAUGGAUGUUACUUAACUAGAGAAAAGCGGCUUUUACUCGUCGCAGUUUUCUUGUUGACCCGCUGAGACGGUGGUUUCUAGGACAGUCCCUGAUGUAGAGGGGCGUGGGUCUGGGGUGUGUAGCUGCUUUGUUUGUCAUAUUUAUGUGUGUAUUUUCCUGGUUGUUCGUACCAUUAGACUAGACUAGAGGAUGUGAUUAGUCUCAUUAUUUAUCCUCCAUGGGGGCGUCACCCUAUACACUUCAGAUCCAGGUCUGUGGACAGGUAAAGCUCUCGGUCCAGGGUGUCACAGCUGAUCUGUAUUAAUCUACUUCUCAUGUGCUCUGACCACACUGACCGUCUCUGUUAGCGAGGAGUCACACUUUGAAGAAGGUAUCAAUCAAAGGACGUUAAGGUCAUGUAUCUGUCUUGCUCAGAACCGGCUCUGGGAUGAUGUGUCAUUGCUUUUGAAAAACUUGAAUGAUAAUAAUAAUAAUAAUAAUAAUAAUAAUAAUAACUUUAUUUUGUAGCACUUCUAAAAACAGAUGUUUACAUAGUGCUUUGACAAACAGUUGCAAAGCACAGAACAUCAGCACAUGAAAAUAAAAACAAAUAAAAACAAAAGCUCAGAUUAAAAACAAGGCAACAAAAAAAAAAAAAAAAAAAAAAAAAAAAAAAAAAACAAACAACAAAAACAAGGCCUCUGAAUUGAAGGCCAAUUUCAUUUUUCAUAAGAAACCCAGACAAUACAAGAACCCUACAACAUAAAAUGAGACCAUGAGUACCAUAAAAUAAGUAAGAAGAAGAAAUGUAAUAGAAAAAGGGGGCAGAGAGCAGGAAACAAGAUAGUAAAUGUAAAUAUAAAAGAGGAUAUUAAUAAUAAUAAUAAAAUAAUAAUGACUGCAAUAUAAAUGAUAAAAUGGAAUAAUAAAAAUGAGCAGGAAAAAAAAACAAAAAAAUCAAUAAAGGGCCUAAUAGGUAAAAUAAGAAAAGAUUCUAAGUAAAACAAAGGCUAAAAGGAUAGUAAGUUAAAAUAAGAUGGGGUAAAAGAGAUAAAAGAGAAAGGGAAAAGACUGCAUCACAUGAAAGUGAGUCUGUAAAAGUGAGUUUUUAAAUUUGACUUAAAAGUAGCGACUGUCUACUUAUCAUAUCCUAAUUUCUCUCUCUUUAUAAAAAAAAACUAAAAAAAAAAAAAAAACAACAGAAAAAAACUUUGUGGGGUUUACGUGAACAACAGACUGGUUUCUUCCAGCAAAAGUCUGUAAUUACAGUGAUCUUCCUCCUUUUUUAGAGGAACCUGUUCUUAAGUUUUUAUUUUUAUUUUUUUAUUUUUUAUUUUUUUUACAGUGAUUCUCUGGUACUUUGGGUUAUUUCAAUACUUUCACUGUGAUUUAAACCUCUUUCUCUCUCCUAGUUAUCCCACAGUAGCACACUGAUAGCACACUGAUAGCACACUGUCCCUGCGCUAUCAGCUGUUUCUGUCUCCAGUAUGAUCUCUCUGCAGUGUGCUUGGGAAAGAUAAAACCAGGCAUCAAAACAUUUAGUUUUCAGCCGGACUUGUUACGAUCUUUCGAAAAGGAAACUCAGAGAAACUUCUUUUUACAUUAUCAAACUCUUAUUAGCUUUUCACCUUUUUUGUUCUUGACCUUUCCUUAUCUUCAAAUUUCUUGUGCAUCCACUUGGUUGGCCCUUGUCCAUGACCUUGUUGAUGCUAAAUCAGAACUCAGAUUUUGUGAUCUAGAAGGACAUGAUGGGACUGAAAGCUGGUCUUAUGUUUCAGGAAGCUUUUGAUGAGAGGAGCUCAUAGAAGAUGUUAAUGCUCAAGAACAUCAAAACUGAAGCUGAAACAGUUGAUAAAAAGCUUUCCUUUUCACAUGCCCUUAUUAGAGCUGAUGUAAUGCUCCAAAGAUCUACCACACUAUCUGAUCUGAUCUGAUCUGAGCAGUUACUCUGAAUAUUACCAGCUGAGUCUAUAGAAGCAUUUUUUAUCUUGAUACUGCAGACCCCUCUCUCUUAUUUUCUGGUCAUAUUCUCAUCAACUGACUAAGAAACAAAUAUUGAUGGUCCUUAAAAUGUUCUCUGAUAACAAGAGAUUUUUGUUCUGUGCUGUACUUUACAUUUUUCAACUGUCUUUCCACUCAGCAAAGUGACUGUGGGCAGUUUGGAUGUUCACCCCACAGAGAAGGCCCUUUUGGUCCACUAUGAGGUGGAAGCAUCUAUACUGGGAGAGGGUGGAGGUCAUAUGCUGGGUGAACGGAAAGAAGGACAAAAAAUGUAAGUGAUGUGCUCUUUUAUGAGAAAUGUUAAAAUCUGUAACUUUCAUCUGAUGCUGUUUUAUCAAAUUUAGCAUCAGUUAGUAUCCAGCUAUCAAUAUUACAUUUCUCAGAGAGUACAGAAAACCGUUUGAAGGCUGUAAACCAGUCUUUAUCUGCCUGUCUUCUCUGUGUUUUCUCUUUCUUCCUCAAGCAUUCGUGUGAAAAGCCUUUCUCCUAGUACAGAUGUUGGAGCUCUGGCAAAGAAAGUGGUGGAGGAAUGUAAACUCAUCCCUCCUUCCCGUUUACCUCAAGUGGAGCAGCUCCUGUACUACCUACAGAUCAGGAAAUCACCCACAGUAGAGGGUAAAAGUAAGCUAUGCUACACCGUCACUCUACAUUUCUAGAAAACUCCAUCAGAUUGAGAACUGAUCAGGUUUGAAAACUGCUCAACAAGCACUUUGUUGUUACUGAUGGCAGUGAAUAUCCUGUUACAUGUCAAAUACAUGAGUGUUGAAGAUGUUUUAUUCUCUGUUUUGAAGGAAAUAAAAUGUGACACUGUCGAAUUAGUUGUUAAUAUUUUGAAUUUCUGUCUUACUAGUGGAGAAGAAAGUAAAAAGGAAUGUGAAACCCAGAGAGCUUACACCAUUGGAGGGAGUGGAGGUGAUACUCUUAAAAUACUUUGUGACUCUGCAUGUUUGUUCAUGGGCAGCACUUUGUUUCUUUUGGACCAGUUUGAGUGAAAACAGUUUUGAUCUGCGAUCUGCAGGCUAUCUAGUUUUAAGUCUUUUAUAUAAUCCAAACUUUGAUGACCUCCUUGUUACUUAUUCUUAUGUUUUUAAUGUCACAUAAAACACUCAGCUACCCUGUGUUUUUGUUUUGCUGGUACUAUGUAUUUGACCUUGUUCCUAGUAUUUAAAGGGAAACUUUAGUGUUUUUUAAUUUGGUCCCCACUUUCUCAUGUGUGCUUGACUGAUGGGGAGAACACUUUCUGAAACUGGUCCAGUAUUGAGGGAGAACAGAGCAGCUGCCAAAUUAGCUAAAACUUAGUUUGACUGUCCAAUUGAUCAUCUUCAAACUGAGUCCAGAGAACAGAUUUAAAGGGUCUCCCUUUUUUUGUUUGUUUUUUAAAUUCUUCAUUUUGGGGAUUUGGACAGCAGAUUACAUAACAUACCAUAAAAAAGGCUAAAAGGCUGACAACUAAAUUACCUCUGCGGUCCUUGAUUUUUGGAUAGAACUAUAAACAAGGUGGAGGAAGAGUUUGUACUCCGGAGUGAUUGGAGUAAAAAAAAAAAAAUGAAUGAGAUUUGGGGAAAGACCCAAAGGGCAGAGACAAAACAACUCAUGGAUCAGCAACACUUGCAAGAAAAAAAGGGAAAGACAUAAAAUUCCUACUUGGUCAUAUAUUGGUCAUACAUAUUUAACCCACUUAGACCAGAGUUAAACAAAAAUGUCUAUCUGUAGACGUAAACUAAAGGUAAUCUUUUCCCCCUUACCUAUCACUUGUGCCAGUUUGUGUACAAAAUCCACCAAAUUUGGCUGUUGGAGAAGUGUCGUUCUGAUGUAAUAUCAAUCUGGACCAGUUUUAGAAAGUGUUCUCCCCAUCAGUCAAGAACAGUUAAACACACUGGGAAAUAGGGCCCAGGUUAAAAAAACACUAAAGUUUCCCUUUAACAGUGUGUGAAUGGGUCUGAUGGUUUUUUUGUUUUUAUUUUUUAUGUAUGCAGUUAAAUGAGGAAGCCAGUAUAACUAGUGUUGAUGAGUAUGUUGAACUUCUCUAUGACGACAUCCCUGAGAAGAUCAGAGGCUCUGCUCUCAUACUGCAGCUCGCCCGCAACCCUGAUAACUUGGAGGAGCUACUACACAACGGUACAAAGUCCACCCAUCUGCUAAAGUUGAUAUUGAACAAUGAAUUCAUAAUCACCUUGCAGGUGCAGCUAAAGAAAUUAGAAUAUUUAGAAAAUGUUCAAUAUCAGGAUCAGUUUUUAUGACAUUAAUUCUUUAAUAUAUAUUUGAGAAGUAUGACAUGUACCUUGAGUGUUUCAGGCAUUUUUCAAUCUGGAUUAGUGUGACCACAAUUAAAAAGCACAGUUAAAAUAUCUGAGGAUUUUAUUUCAAGUCGAGUUAAUCCCUUAUCAAACUUUAUAAACAAUAUAUAAUAUAUAAUAUUAAUCACAGCAGAUUAAUGGGAAGUUGAGUAAAGGGAGAAGUGUGGUUCUCAAGCAAUGGAGAUGCUAGCAGCUGUGAGAGGAUGUCAAGAAAAGUUGAUUAACAAAUUCAGGAGCGCUCCACAAGGAGUUAACUCAGGCUAGUUACAGCGCACCAAGAGCCGCCACACACAGUCAGUCCUGGGAUUUAACUCCCAACUAGCACCUGCCCACAGUGCCAAAAAUACUUGUUUGCUGACCAGGAUGUAACUGUGCUGGGUUGGCUGCUACACCUGCCUGACCUGGACCUCAAAGUGAAAUGCUGAUAUAGCUGAUAGCUGUCUUUAUUUCUUGACACAAGGAAAAUGGUGGAGAAAAAACAAAUAUUUGUUUGGAUUUAUGUCAGCUGGACAGAAGAAGAUCCCUGUAUUUCAACAAAGACACAGUGGUGUUUGGACAUUUGAAGAAAGUAACUGGUGAGAGAAAGAGAAAAUGAUAACAGGCUUUCCACUCUGUCAUUCUUAAACCCUGUGUUUGUCUGUGUGUAGAGGCAGCUCUGGGCGCACUGGCCAGAGUAUUGAGGGAGGACUGGAAACAGAGUGUAGAACUUGCUACCAUCAUUAUUUACAUCUUCUUCUGCUUCUCCAGGUAAUGGACUUUCACAAAUUGACACAUAUUUGAUGUCUGACUCUUCUACCUCAUCCUUUUACAUAUUUAAACUCUUUUUUUCUCUCUUCUCUGCCAGUUUCACCCAGUUUCAUGGAGUGGUGAGUCAUUACAAAAUAGGUGCAUUGUGUAUGAACGUCGUGGAGCAUGAGCUGAAGCGACACAAUGUUUGGCGGGAGGAGCUACGCAAGAAAAGCAAAGCCUAUAUCCUUUCGUCUGUUGCUGUUUUCCUCUCCUGGCUGAAGGAAGGCUGUGUCUGUCUCUGGGGCUUUUUUCCAUAUUCCACUUCUCUUUCCUGACCUGAGAACACUUAUUUGAUUCGCUCACCUCUCUGAAAUUCUGGUUAUCUGCCUUAAUAACUUGAUAGCAUCUUCUUGUAGAUGAUCAACAUCUUUAACAGCAAUCUCGCUAAUAUUUUGGAUUCCAUAAAUCCUUUUAGGUACAAAAAGGUGACAGUUUUUCUUGAUGAGGAAUGAAGGAUUUUGAAGAGGUAAUCAGUGCAGGAAAGCAAAGAGAGUGGAAAAAAGGACAAGCUAGUAUAUCCCUUACAUUUCUUAUGUAGUCAAUGAGCCAGACCACUGAUUGCAAUAAAUCAGGUGGGCAAUUUCUAGUUAGUUUUUUUUUUGAGUUGCUCCACAUCCCUAGUUUUUGGUUUGGCAUGAUAAACCUUGCAGACUGGUAGCUUAGUAAUGGUUAUCAUGCAUUUAAUCUAUGGAGUCCUGUAGCAGAAAUACCUGAAUUUCGUAUGGUGCUUGUUUGCUAUUAUGGGGCUUUUGGACUACUUGUUGACUGCUCUGCCCCCCUUAAUCAUUCUGAUUUAUUCCUAAGUCAUCAGAGAACUGAAAAAAAUAGUUUGAUUUGUUGUCCAGAUGAAAUUUAAGACUUUUAUAGCCUUCUUUUAAAAAAAAUAUUCAUAGGCGGAAAUAGCAUUUUUAUUUUUCUCUUGUGUAUCUUUUCUCAGCAGAGCAAUUGGGUAAUAUUUGCAUCAUUUUAGACACUGGAUUUGAAAUCUGACAAGUCUUACCUUUCAGCAGGUACCAAAUUUAUGCCUGUAGCCCUUAUAGUUUAUACACACAUUUUUAUGUUCACAUGCACAACAAGAUUUUCUGGCUUCUGACAUUUCCAAGCUGUUAUUCUCAUCUCUCAAUCACUCAGGUACGAAAGAUUUUCUGUUUCUCAUGAGAAUUAUUCAACCUACAUUAAUCAAACACAUUUGGUGAUAAAAUAAAAUAUUUGGGGGUGUGUUAUGUUGUGAUAUGACUAUUACUGGUGAAGUGAUGCCACUGGGGGUGUGACUGCUGCUACAGCGCUAGCUAGGUUUGCUGAGACAAAUGAUGGGGAGGGAGAUUGAUAUUGUUUCGUAAGAGGAGGAAAUAGAACUGAAUUUGGUGAAUUGAAACCACAAAAACAAUGUACCUGUCAGAAUAAUGUACCGUAAUUGUUAUGGGAGAAAGCCAAUAAAUGUAAUACUAAUCAGGAUGAUAGUUGUGUUAGCAUAUGCUGGUCAGCAAGCUAGCUAGCUAGCUUGUUGAUCUGAAAGAUAAACAAAUUAAAGCUACAGACACACACACACACACACACACACACACACACACACACACACACACACACACACACACACACACACACACACACACACACACACACAGGUUGUACUAGAAUGUAUAGAACUUUGUAGGCCUAUUCACAUUUUUAAAGGGGCAAGCUGCAUAUUGCACAUUUAAAAUAAGGUUGAUUGAUUGAUUGAUGGGAAACAUCAACACUCUGCCCAACAAAAGCGAUGAGCUGAAGAUAUUGGUGAAGACUGAGAAAGCAUACCGUAAGUGCAGUUUCCUGUGUUUUACUGAAACCUAGUUGAAUCAAAACAACUCAGACUCCAGUGUGGAUCUACCUGACUCAUAAGGUCAGACAGAGAUGCUCAAGCUAGUGGCAAGAAGAAAGGAGGUCUGGCUUUAUUUUUAACCAGAGAUGGUGUAACCCUUUACACAUAACUGUCAAGGACAAGUUGUGUUGUCCAGAUAUUGAACUGUUGGCAGUUGCUCUUCCGCCAUAUUAUGUUCCAAGAGAAUUUUGUCAUAUCAUAACAGUAGUUGUUUACAUUCCACCCAAAUCAACUGAAGAAUGUUGCGAUGUUUUGCAAAAUAGUGUUGCCAGGCUACAGACUCAACACCCUGAGGCACUAAUAAUAAUAUCGGGAGACUUCAACCAUGUCACCCUGUCCUCUCACCUGACUGGAUUCACACAGUUUGUGAACUGUCCUACCAGAGAAAACAAGACCCUGGAUCUGCUGUAUGCCAACGUCAAAGAAGCCUACAGAGCCACUGCCUUACCACCACUGGGCAAGUCAGAUCACAACUUGGUCUAUCUGCAAACCUGUUACAGACCUUGUGUGCUGAGGCAGCCUGUGACCAAAGUCAAAAUCAGAAGAUGGACACCUCAGUGAAGCUCCAAGGGACUGUUUUAAAUCAAUAAACUGGAAUGUGCUGCUGGAAACACAUGUGGAUAGUAUGGACAUUGACAAACAGGUUGACUGCUUUACUGAUUAUGUCAACUUCUGUUGAGACACAGUCAUACCAACAAAGACUGUUCGCUGUUUCCCCAACAACAAACCCUGGAUCACAAGAGACAUAAAAGCAAUCCUUUACCAGAAAAAGAAAGCUUUUAAAGAUGGUGACAAAGAACGACUCAAACAAGUGCAACAAGAGUUGAAGAGGAGACUGAAGAUGUCAAAGCUGGAGUACAAAAAGAAGAUAGAGAAGAAUCUACAACAUAACAUCCGUGAAGUGUGGAGAGGAAUCAGUACCAUCUCUGGACACAGCAGUAAAAAGAAAAGACAGCCAGUGGUGGGUGAUCUGGAAAGAACUGAUAAAUUCAACCCGUUCUUCAACAGAUUUGACACUGCUGUCACUUCCACUCCUAAUCCACCUUCCUUUCCGCAACAAAUCUCCACUACAACUUCUCCCGUUCCGCCUCCUUCAUCUCGUUCAAAUGUCUCAACCACUUCAACUGCCUCCCUCCAAGAACACCAGUCCUUGUCUGUCACCGAAAAAGGGGUGAGGAUGGAGCUUGGAAGACUUUGUCCUGGGAAGGCAGCUGGUCCAGAUAGUGUGUGUCCAAGGCUGCUUAGAGACUGUGCUGCAGAACUGUGUCAACCUCUCCACAGGAUCUUCAAUCUGAGUCUACAGCUGGGGCGGGUACCUGCUCUGUGGAAAACUUCCUGCAUUGUGCCAGUACCAAAAAGAAAAUGUCCUGCUGAACUCAAUGACUUCAGACCAGAGGCCCUCACUUCACACAUCAUGACAACCCUGGAGCGGCUGAUUCUAUGCCUUCUGAAGUCUGAGGUCAAAGACAAACAGUUUGCAUACAAAGAACACAUUGGAGUGGAUGAUGCUGUCCUCUACAUGCUUCACCAUGCCCUGUCUCAUCUGGAGGAACCUGGGGUUUAUGUGAGGAUCAUGUUCUUCAACUUUUCAAGUGCAUUCAACACCAUCCAACCCACCAUACUCAAAGACAAGCUCACAGAGAUGAGAGUGGAUCCUUCCUGUGUUUCCUGGAUCGCAGAUUACCUGACAGGUAGGUCACAGUUUGUCAGGCUGGGGAACUGUGUUUCUGGGACAUUAAUGAGCAGUACAGGGGCUCCACAAUGGACAGUGCUGGCGCCAUUCCUGUUCACACUGUACAUGUCAGAGUUCAAAUACAGCACUGAGUCCUGCCCAUAGACUGUAUAUAGAAUGGACAGCGUCUGCCUCCUCGCUGGGUGAAGCCACUCCGAGAACAGAACCCUCUGGUGAUGGGCUGCAGUAUAGGUCAUAAAUCCCGCCUCUGCUAGCAAAGCUUAUGGGGCUGUGGACAAACUUUAGAAAUUUAUUACACAGGACAUACAUUUUUCUCCCCCUUGCUUGUGAUGUUGACAUGUAGUUAUUGUAAGACUGGUUUGUGCUCAAGUCCUCUUUUUUCUGUGAAGCUCCGUUCUUAAAAGUUAUUAGGGGGUUCAUGUUUUCUAUGAUUGACACCUGAUACACCCUAUGGGCGUUCAGGGAUUGCGUAGCUCACCUGGGGGGUUACGCUGUUUGAGCUGAGUGUCAUCACACUGACUCUCGGUGACUGCGCGGCAGAAUACUGCGCAGCGCUGGUUUCAGGAAAUGAAGAAAAAUCCCGGAAAUAUCGAGAGCUUUUUGGCUUCAAAUCUGUAUACAGGCGGUAGGCGGAACCAAGUUGUUAAAUCCCAAAUUCUCACCUCACCAUCUCCAUACCUGACUCCCCUGUCACUCAAGGCCAAACCACACCCCCAACACCAUAAAAGCCAGCCCUCAGGCCUGCUCUCCCUUUUGCAUCCUGAACAAGAGCAGCACAGAACAAAGGGAGUCUGAAUAAAAAAUCAUCCACUGAAGACGAGCAAAUAAACCGUCAAACUGAAUCCUGGAUCCUGUGUUUUAAUGUUCACUCAAUAUAGGAUGUUCGAUGAGCAAGCAUCAGCAACAGCAUAAUCUUUUACAUGGUCCUUCGAGCCGGAGAGAACAUCUAUAUUGAAAAUGGAUCCAAAUUCAGUUUGGCAAGAUGGCAGUCAGGCCGGAGGAAGGCCACAAAGAGAGAGAAUGCCUCCCAGGUAUCUUCGGGACUACCAAACCGAACUUUAUGGCCAGCCUCCCAAACAUUUUAGUCAAUGUGCAGAACCUGCUGCAGAAACCUCAGAGACUGUUUUAUUGAGACAAGAAGUGGCACAAUUAAAGAGCAUGAUGAAGGAUUUACACGAGAGAGUCGAACAGUAUGAACAUGGCUACUCAGAAGGAGAUUCUGAAGAGGAUUGUCACCCCCGAACAACUCAAUCAUCGCCAAACCAACCAGUAACUUCCGUCCCAGCCCCACAGUGUGAAAAGUCCAUGUCUGAACCCAACCUAACAGAAUCAGUACCUGCAUUGCCACCUGGAAAAAUGUCUCAGUCUGUUCAGACCCUUUUCCCAUAUGCUCCCACACUCUCUGCAGCACAAGGUGAACCUAAGAGACCUGCUCCUGUUCCACAAUUAAGAAAUGAGUCCCCAAUCCAAGUACCAUCAGGUCCACUUCCAUCAGCCUCCCUAACUAAUGUGCCAUUCCAGCAAGCUUAUUCCAACCCUAAACCUCAAAGAUUUGCCACCACAGUGUCACAUUCUGGGCCUUUCAUACCCACAACUGCUAGUCUGCCUCCUACUGACCCUCCUUUUACCAGGCCCGUAAUCAACCCUCCUUUAACAUUAACAGCACAGCCUAUGCAAAUACCACCCAGUGUUAAUGUUACACAGCCAUCUUAUGGCCCUCAUAGCCAAAUACAAUCAACCCAGAGGCCUCCACUCCAGCCGUAUACCAUUCAUCCAACGCCUAUACCUCCACCUCAAGUCUCAACCAACCCUCAGCCAUCUGCUCACCAUCCAAGUCCUGUAGCUCCAUAUCAGUAUCAACAUUUCCCUCAACCUGUGCAGCAGCUUCAUACCCAAUAUCUUGCACCUCAGCCAGCCCCAAUGACUGGUGCCCCACAAGCUCUAGGAGCCCCCCUCAACUCAAGCUACUCCGUACCUAUGGCCUCUGCACACCAAAUCUGAUACACUUCACGUGUUGAAGGCCCAUCCUUCCCUUAUUUCACCCAAAACGACCCCCAGGAAUUCCUAAUGUUAAAGAUGGCCUUGAAAAACCUUCUUCCAGUAGAAGAACCUGAAUUAUUUAAGUUCCAUAUCCUUUUGGAUCAUCUUCACCUCCCUUCAGCCAGACAUAUUGCCCUGUCUUAUGCUCACCACCCACAGCCCUUUACAGCAGCAAUGGCAGCUCUGGAACGACAGUAUGGUCAACCACAUCAACUGGCUUUAAAGGAGAUCCAGACCAUUCUCAACCUCCCCAAAGUGGCCCGUGGAGACGCUGAAGGAUUCCAAAACUUUGCAGUCAAAGUUAGGUCAUUAGUAGGGCUGUUGCAACCACUCAAUUCAGCAGAAAGCGCAGCAGAAUUAGCAUGUGCCUCCCAUGUCCAGAGAUUACUAAAUAAACAAAGCCGUGGUAGCACAAGCCAGCAGUCUUCAAAUCAGCACACCUCAAACUCAUAGAAAGGAGUCAAGCUACAGACCCAAGUAUCCUACCACCAUCCUCCAUGGAUCCGACCGGAGGUUCACUCACCGCCCAAGUGUUUCUGGUUAUCAACAACAGCCUGAAAGAAGGUACCCAUGUGCAUUUUGUCAAUCUACCUCCCACUACCUAACAAACUGCGAAAGUCUGAAAGAAUUAGGACCCGAGAAAGUGUCAAAGUGGCUAAAGGAAGAAAAUAGAUGUUGGAAAUGUGGAAGAACCCAUAAAGCAGCUAAUUGCACUCUAAAAAAAACCCUGUCCCAAAUGUAAUGGCCUUCACCUAGGUGUACUACAUGAUGUAAAUAAAACCCAGACAGCAUUCCAGAGUGUUGUAUCUGAACCCACGAAGCCUAACAUCCAAAGUGCUGCUAAAAGUAGUAAAAGUAAGUCUUCACCACAACAAUAGAGUUUUUGAGACAUAUGCCAUCUUAGAUGAUGGAUCUGAGCGUACAAUGCUACUACCAGGUGCUGCAGAGUACCUUAGGCUGGAUGGUGAACCAGAAAACCUCGAGCUGCGAACAGUGAGGCAGCAAACAGAAACUUUGAACGGGAAAACUGUUAACCUUAAAAUCUCUGCUGCAUCAAGCCCUGAGAAAAAAUUCUCAAUUGACAGAGCCUUCACUUCCGACAUGAUAACGCUGGUCGAGCAAAGUUACCCUGUUGAUAAACUCAAACAACGCUAUCCCUAUUUGCAAGGUCUCCCACUAAGCUCCUUCUCCAAAGUCCAGCCACACAUCCUCAUUGGAUCUGACAAUCCUUUCCUGAUCACACCUAUAGAGAGAGUUCAAUAUGGACCAAAGGGAGCUCCAGCGGCAGUGAGAACACGCCUGGGAUGGGCCCUUCAAGGACCAACCUUCCUUGGUGAGUCAUCAUCCGCUACCCAGUGCUUUUUAACAUCACCGGUUAACCCCUACUCAGAACUUAAACACCAUGUAGAGCAACUGUGGCAAACCGAUAUCCUCCCCUUCAGAGACGAAAAAUUAAUCACAAGGUCAAAACAAGAUAGAGACGCCAUAGACCUCCUGGAUAAGAAAACUGUGAGAGUUGAAACAGAUGGUACCAAACGCUAUGCAACCCCUUCACAAAGAAAAAAGGAUGCACCUGAACUAAAAGCCCCAGCAGAAUCUGUUAUGCCCCUUCUCCGUCGAUCUGAACGCAAACUCCAAAACAAUCCUGAAUUGGCAGACAUAUGCAAUAAUGAAAUCAGUAAACUAAAACAAGCUAGUUAUGCGAAAAACUCAAACCUGAACAAGUCUCUCAGACAGAAGAAUCAAAGUAUACCCCUCAUCACCUUGUGGAGCAUAAUGGCAAUCAUCAUGUUGUCUUCAACUGCUCUGAGAGAGAUUGUUGGAAGCCAAACGGUUCCAGAGGAAGUACUGCACACAGUGCAGGUUGAAACUGAAGGAAUAAUCAAUUCCAAACCAACCGGAUAUGCUUCAUCUGAUAUAGCAGAUCCUGACCCCAUCACACCAAACCUUCUCCUAAUGGGGCGGCGAGAUGCCUCUCUUCCACAGGCUGUCUAUGCUGAAUCCAACUUACUUGGAAAGAGAAAAUGGAGGCAUAGUCAGAUCCUAACUGAUCGAUUCUGGUCCUGCUUCAUCAGAAAUUACCUUCCAAGCUUGCAGGUGCGAAAUAAAUGGCAGAAAGACACACCAGGCCUGACAGAGGGAACAGUGGUACUCUUAAUGGAUCCCCAAGUACCAAGAGGACAGUGGCAUGUUGGGAAGGUGUCUCGUCUCUUCCCCAGUGAUGAUGGAAGGAUUAGGACUGUGGAAGUGACAUCUAACCAACGAAAGUUCAUCCGCCCUGUUGCCCGACUAGUUAUCCUUUCACCUUUUAAAGCCGACACCCAGAAUUGAUUUGUGAUUUAUUGAUUCAAAUAUACUAUUUGAAGGGGCGGCUGUUAAAUCCCAAAUUCUCACCUCACCAUCUCCAUACCUGACUCCCCUGUCACUCAAGGCCAAACCACACCCCCAACACCAUAAAAGCCAGCCCUCAGGCCUGCUCUCCCUUUUGCAUCCUGAACAAGAGCAGCACAGAACAAAGGGAGUCUGAAUAAAAAAUCAUCCACUGAAGACGAGCAAAUAAACCGUCAAACUGAAUCCUGGAUCCUGUGUUUUAAUGUUCACUCAAUAUAGGAUGUUCGAUGAGCAAGCAUCAGCAACAGCAUAAUCUUUUACACAAGUUGUCCAUAGUAUAUACAGUCUAUGGUCCUGCCACAUCCAGAAAUACUCAGAUGACACCGCUAUUGUGGCAUGUAUCAGAAAUGGACAAGAAGGUAAAUACAGAGAUCUAAUUGGAGCCUUCAGUGACUGGAGUCACAAAAACUGCCUCCUCCUCAACACCUCAAAGACAAAGGAGAUGGUCAUAGACUUCAGUAGAUUCAGCCAGUGAACACCUGUGGAGUGGACAUUGAAGUGGUGACAUCAUAUAAAUACCUAGGCGUACAUCUGGAUGAUAAGUUGGACUAGUAGAAUAUAGACUUCAUCUACAGAAAGGGGCAGAGCCGCCUCUUUUGCCUGAGAAGACUCCGAUCAAUAGACAUCUGUAGUAAGAUGCUGCAGAUGUUUUAUCAGUCUGUGGUGUAGAUCUUAGGUGUUCUGUUCUACGCUGCAGUCUGCUGGGGAGGAAGCAUCAAACACAAAGAUGCAAAACGUCUUAACAAACUGGUGAAAAAGGCUGGCUCUGCGGUAGGACUCAAGCUGGACUCAGUGGAGGAUGUGGUGGAGAGCUCUACACUGAGGAAGAUGGAGUCCAUUAUAAAGAACAUGGGUCACCCACCUCACAACACCUUGAUGGACCAAAGGACCAAUGGUGGUGGACGGCUCCUCUCUCUUUGCUGCAGGACAGAAAGAUUCAGAAGAUCUUUUGUACAAACAGCCAUCAGGCUUGGUAACUUUUAUGUAAAUAAUAGAUAACUUUUAUAGACAUAUUAUGUGAGACAACAGACAAUUGAAUUUCCCUUUGGGGAUCAAUAAAGUUCUUCUUAUUCUUCUUCUGGAGUCUUGGUCAAAUCCAGCCAAAAUUCUGCAUAUUACAACAUGCAUAUAAAAAUGUGUGUAUUUCCAAAACUGUAAGGGCUACAGGCAUAAAUUUGGUACCUGCUGAAAGGUAAGACUUGUCAGAUUUCAAAUCCAGUGUCUAAAAUGAUGCAAAUAUUACCCAAUUGCUCUGCUAAGAAAAGAUACAUAAGAGAAAAAUAAAAAUGCUAUUUCCGCCUAUGAAUAUUUAAAAAAAAAAAGGCUAUAAAAGUUUUUAAUUUCAUCUGGACAACAAAUCAAACUAUUUUUUUUCAGUUCUCUGAUGACUUACGAAUAAAUCAGAAUGACGUAGGGGGGCAGAGCAGUCAACAAGUAGUCCACAAGCCCCAUAAUAGCAAACAAGCACCAUACGAAAUUCAAGUAUUUCUGCUACAGGACUCCAUAGAUUAAAUGCAUGAUAACCAUCACUAAGCUACCAGUCUGCAAGGGUUAUCAUGCCAAACCAUAAUCUAGGGAUGUGGAGCAACUCAAAAAAACAAACUAAAAAUUGCCCACCUGAUUUAUUGUGAUGGGUCAAUUUUGGGGUCUUGGCUCAUGGACUAAUAUUCAAGUACCAGAGUAAAUCAAAGAAGUAUGAACUUCCUUUCUACAGCUCAUUGCCGAUCAGAGUCACAGUCUCGUUAAAUCUGUCAAAUCUGUCAAAUCUUUGAUUGGCCCCUUCAUCACUCAACCGGUUAGAUCCACACCAGUAAAAUAUGGACAAAAGUCACCGAGAGAUUCAUCAUUUGAACUCUGGAUUCAGGGAGUCUGAUUGUAACUCUUGUCCUCCUUUAAGGCUCAACCAUUUCAGCAGAAUCUCACUGGCAGUCCUGAAGGCAGCGCUGCACUCUCUAAUCAUCCAUCUGCCUUUCAACCUGCUUACCUGCUUGCUUUUUAAAGCAGUGUUUCACCUGGUGUUUGACUAUCAUAACUAUCUUACAGGUUUACCCGUCUUAUUCGAAACAUGCUACAGCUGUCAUUUGGCUUCUUCUUAACAAUGACCUUUGCUGCGUCUCUUGAUAUUGAAGUAUUUGGAUCUGACUUGUUAUCUUUCCUUAUUCAUUAUUUUCUUUUUAUUAACCUUAUUCAUUGGUAUACUGCUUUUUCUCUAUGACCUUUUUGAGUAAACAUACAACACAAUAGAGCUUUAAAAUGAUCAUUAAUGAGGCUGUGAGUAGUUGUUCUAGCUGUCCCAUUUACAGUCCACCUGACUUGGUUUUUGAAUUGUUCAUUGUGCGAUCCCUAACCCUGAUGUGUACAUGAGUCUGCACCAGAUAACGGCUCUUUAAGAAGAGACCAGGACAAAGCAACUAAAAAAUACCAGGGCCUUCUGGCUAAACAGGAGCAGCUGCUCAGAGGUAAGCUGGCCUUCAGGGUCUUCAAGAAGUUUGGAUCAAGACGGGGUUGUAAUUGUUACCUGUGUGUAAGGGGUUAUUGUUAAAAACAGGUGUUCAUUUGUCAAGAAUUGCCUAAAUGCUUUGUUUAUAGUCAGACUUCUAUAUUUUGGUGUUUGAAUCAAACAUUGCAUGAUGUUAAAAAAAAGGUUAAAAUAUUGUCAGAAUCAUAUUUUGUGUCAAACAAUAAACAGGUGUAGAUUCGAGGAAGACAAUAAUCAGUGAACAUUAGCGUCUUCUGAAAGGAAUGAGUUAUUAUACGUGUUAUAGCUGUGAUGGAGGAGUGGCUGUGGUGAUGCUCAUGAAAAUGACUUACAGUAUAUCCUUUCUUUCCCUGCUUCCCAGUGUCUCUUUACCUCCUGCUGAACCUUGCUGAGGACACCAGGACAGAGCUGAAGAUGAGGAAUAAAAACAUUGUCGGUCUGCUGGUCAAAGUUCUUGAAAGAGACGACGAGGAGCUGCUCGUCCUGGUUGUUUCAUUUCUCAAAAAACUGUCGAUUUUUCUGGAGAACAAGAAUGACAUGGUGACUGGAGCAGAUGUGAUUUAGACUCUCUACUGUUUGAAGUUUGAUGAGUGUUAAGAGAACAUAUAUAUAUACUGUGUAUAUAUAUAUAUAUAUAUAUAUAUAUAUAUAUAUAUAUAUAUAUAUCUUUAUAUAAACAAUUUUACCAGGAGAAUAAAUGAGUGUUAGUUGUUAAGAUUUCGUUAUAUUGAUUUUUAUGUCUCUAUGUUGUCCCUGUUUUUGUUUCGUAUCUGCCUUUUAGCUAGCUGGUCAGAUAUAAACUUCAUCUGUGUCUGUGUUUGGGUUUUACAGGCUGAGGUGAAUAUUGUAGAGCAGUUGGCUCAUCUGGUUCCUUGUGACCAUGAAGACUUGUUAAACCUGACCUUACGUCUGCUUCUCAACCUCUCUUUUGACACUGGACUUCGAGUAAAGAUGGUGGAAGUCGGACUGUUACCCAAACUAACUGUUUUGCUAGGUACAGUAUACACUACUAACAUAUCGGCAUCUGUAUACAGUAUACUGUCUGCUUUACAUGUGCUGUUUAUUCGACUUUAAAUGCAGAAGGGUAUUAGUCAAGACUUCAAAUGUGUACUUUUGGGCUUUUGAGUGACAGUGAAUCAGCUUUAUCACUAAAUAACAAAGAGCUGAGCUAAUCUGUGACAAACGAAAUUGCUCCUUGCUUGUCGUCCGAGCUUAUGCCAAGCCUGUUGUAUAGUUCAGCACAAAACAACUUCAUUCUACGGUGUACAAAUAAAAAAUGAUUCAGGAAAAAGAACGGGAACAGAUACAGAAAGAAAACUAUAUGUCUCCAAGCAUGUCAAAAUCUCUCUUCUGCCCAAAACUCUGUCUAAACAUUUUUAAAGAGACAGUAGCCGUUAAAUUCAAUAAUAAAAUAACAACACACUUUUGCCUUAUACAAUAUCUAUGACAUUAAUGUUACUGAUAACCAGUUUGGCUUUUUCGUCAGUAUCUGCCUGUUAUCAAAGACCAGGAUUGGAUCUGUGCAUUCCUGUAAAUGUGUUUAUUCUGAACCUGAUGGUUUCCUGCUCAGUGUGCCUUAUGGGUUGUUUCAAAUACCUUGUUAGUUUUUCAGAAAAGUAUUGACUAACAUAGUGUUGUGCUUUUUAAAAAAAUCUUCUGCUGUGGUUGUGUCAGCUGUGGUCAGUCAUUGUUGAGCAUUAGAAGAUUGAAUCAGUGUUGUUGGCUCACGCUUAUUGUUGUACAGGUGAUGAGAACAACCAUCAGAUAGCCUUGCGAAUCCUCUACCACAUCAGCAUUGAUGACCGCUUCAAGGGCAUGUUUGCCUGCACCGACUGCAUACGUCAGGUAAAUUCAGAUCAAUCAGAAUCACUUUAAUAAACACAAGUAAAAUCUGUUUUCCUUUGGCUUCAUCAUUCUGGUGUCAUCAAUGUAUUUGUAUUUAUCUUAGCUCAUGCAACAGCUGUAUGAGCACAGUGAGGAUGAAAUCGAGACUGAGCUUAUCUCCAUCUGCAUCAACCUGGCUGCAAACAAGAGGAACGCACAGCUUAUGUGUGAAGGUAUAGUGUAUAGGUGUACUGCUACUCAUGUUUAGAAUAACACUUUAGUCAAAGAUUAAGAUACUAUGGAAGCAUAUUGCAUUCACUUACAAAAAAAAGGAAACAGUUUUUUUUUCUUUGCUGUUUUUCGGACAAUUUUUUCCAUUUUUUGUGUUGUAAUAUUUUUUCCCUCCUGUUUAUCGGACAAAUUUUUGUUCUGUUUUUCGUAAUUUUUUUUUUGUCUUUCUUUUUUUCUGUCUAAUUUUUUUUUCCUGACUCAGCAAGAUACUUCAAAAUUUGAGAAUCUUAUACAAUCAGAUAACGUUAACCACCGUGGCUGCUCCAAAUCAGCAGAUUCUCCAGCUCCUAGUUAACUUCGACUACAGGGUCAAUGAGAGUAAAGCAUGUUAGCAGUUAAACAUAGGGUAUGCAAAUCCUGAGGAGCCUGUGCAAAGUAGACAAACUUAUGACAAUAUCAUCUAUCUGACUUAAAGAAAGGAGUAUCUCCCUGUGUCUUAAACCCAAAAGACAGUCAAACUUGAUUAAACUAAACAAGUGGGCCAUGUUUGCUUCCAAGAAAUCAAGCAGAGGGGGAUAAAAGUGUCUGUUUUUAAAUGACCAUGAUCCCAGAGAAUAGAAAUAACUAUUAGUCUGGAAUAUAAGUAAAUACCCCCCCCCCCCCCCCCAGGGUAAAUAUCAGCCAACUCUAAUGUUAAAAUCAAAACAAACCAGUACUGUCAAGUCUUGUAAUGUUUCUUGUUGUCCAGGUAACGGGCUGAAGAUGCUGAUGAAGAAGGCUCUAAAAAUGAAAGACUACCUUCUGAUGAAGAUGAUCAGAAACAUCUCACAACAUGAUGGACCAACUAAACCACUAUUCAUAGUGAGUUAUAAAUGAAAACGAAAAGCAAUGUUAUUCUUUGGAUCACUUUUGGUGGGUAGACCUCUGCAGACCAGAAACACCCAUCAGGUUGGUUGCAGUUUGUUCCAGUAAUAUUAGACCAAUUUGAUUUUUCUAAAAUCAAAAAAUUGAUUUGAUUUGAUAAUAAACUCACCCUGGGGUCAUGAAUAAUCAAAGAAUCUGUUUCUGGCAAAACUGGAAGAAUUUUGCCACAGUCUUCUUUCUUACUGGGCAGGUCCAGGUAUUUAAUGAUGUGAAAGAUCUCUUCAAGUCUGUUUUGUCUGUCUGUCUGUCUCUAACAGGACUAUGUUGGUGACUUGGCAGCAGAGAUACGUGUAGAGGAAGAAGAGGAGUGGGUUCUUGAGUGCCUGGGUACACUGGCCAACCUCACAAUUCCUGACCUGGAUUGGGAGUUGGUGGUCAAGGAGUACAAUCUGGUACCCUUCCUUAAAGACCGACUGAAACCAGGUACAAUUUUUUUUUAUUUUCAGAGCGGCCCCCGCUGAACUUGCAAGUGGGUUCUUUAAGAUAUAAAAAAUCUUUUUUAAAGGCUCUGCAGAGGACGACCUUAUCCUGGAGGUUGUGAUCAUGAUUGGAACUGUGUCCAUGGACGACGCCUGUGCUGCUAUGUUGGCUAAGUCCGGCAUUAUUCCUGCACUCAUUGAGCUGUUGAACGGUAAAAGCUUUUGUUUGAAAAGCCAAACAUUCCAACAUGUUUUGAGGUUUGAUAUGUUCACACAAUCUGCUGCUCAGGAUUUACAAACCCACAUAAAUAUGAGACUGGAUGUAUAAGGCCCCUUAAUGAAGUUCAAUGAUUUAAUCUUGGAGACCAAGACAUUUUUUGGGUGGAUGGCCAGGUAACUCAAAAUUCUUCAAAUGCUUUUCGCUGUUUUUAAUAUUAAUCCUUCUCAGUAAGUGUGUCUCUCUGCACAACAAAAACAAACCCUCUUGUUUAUGUGUAAGCAAAUGUCCUCCAUAGACCUUCAUUUACAAUAUGACUGCUGCUGCUGUUUUGAAACAGAUAUCAAUAUUAUUGGAUAUUUUACUGGUAUCGUUCUUAAGUGUUGGUGUUAUGACGACCCAUGUUCUGAUGAGGUGGAGUUAUCAUCGUCUUUUAAAACACAAACAAGCCAAAUAUGGCUGACAUACAUGUGUUUGUCGUCCUCUCCUCUCUUUGUUCACUGCAGCCCAGCAGGAGGAUGAUGAGUUUGUGUGUCAGAUUGUCUACGUCUUCUACCAGAUGGUGUUUCACCAAGCUACGCGAGAUGUCAUCAUCAAAGACACACGUAUCCUUCUCACAAUGCAUGACGUACACCUUUAGUUGAAUUAUGAAGACGAUUUGGAGCUGAGGCAGUUUUCCCCAGACUAAAACUCACUGACCCUUAACCUACUCUCCAGAGGCUCCAGCCUACCUGAUAGAUCUGAUGCAUGACAAGAAUGCUGAGAUCAGAAAAGUGUGUGAUAACACACUUGACAUUAUUGCUGUAAGUUAAAUGCUUGAGUCAAAACAGGCGACAUCUUAGUAAAUAGUAGACUCUCCACCAAGUCAUAUUUAUCAUACUUUUCCAUUGACCUUUCAGGAAUACGACGAGGAAUGGGGGAGGAAGAUUCAGUCCGAGAAGUUCCGUUUCCACAACAACCAGUGGCUGGAGAUGGUUGAGAGUCGGCAAGCAGACGAGUCGGAACCAUAUUUCUAUGAUAACGAUAAUGACAGGACCGAUCUGUUCUAUAGUGCGGGUAAAACAGAUAUCACUGUUCAAAGUCUAGAUUUUGUCACAAUCUGCAGAAAGUGAGAGUCACCAGUGAUCUCUACAUUAUGAAGGAGAAACAGGGUCAUCAAUUCAGAGAAUACAGUUUUAAAUUUACAGUAAAUGAAGUCAUUUAUUUAUCUAUCCACUUCCUAACUUACUCACUUACUGGUUAUUUACAUACUUACUUGUUUACUUACUGUACUAGUGAUGAGCAUUGAUUAACAUCGAUGUGUGAGUGAGCAAGAUUGUAGCUGUAGGCAAACCUCCAUCUGCAGUACCUGGCUGGUUGCUAGUACACAUAAAUGAACUUAAUGCAUGCAUGUCAAUUAAAAUAGAAUAAAAUAAAAUACUGAAUUUAAUUAAAAAGAAAAGCAAUGCAAUACAAUACAAUACAACAAAACACACAACAAGCAGAGAUGGGUGACAUGAUUGACAUUACUUUCCAAAUAUUACCAUAUAAGACAGAAGCUGGCUGUACAUUUAGGCUGAAGACAAACCAGAAUACAGAUUUAGAGUUAAAGUGCGCUGGUGUUUUAAGUGAAAACUGAGAGGCAACGUGUCAGAGCAUUAAGGUGCUAAAGCACGUGUGUAUUGCAUGUGAUUGUAAAGGUGCCAUUGUAAAUUAUACCUUCACCCACUCACAUAACGACAGGGCCAGCCGUCUUUCUUUCGGGGCUUACUGUAACGCUCUGACUCAAAAAAGAGCAGCACAUUACUGCAGCUGAAAAAACAAGACAGAAAUCAGCUAAAAAAGAAGAAAAACAUGCAACUGAAACAUUAACAAAUAAUAUUCACAGUGAGAAGGGUGGGGACGUUCACAAUGCUGUUUUAUCAUCUUUUAGCAGUUCUGUUCACAUGCUAAGUUAUCAUGUACAUGCAUUUGUCUGUUGGUUUGGUAAUAUGUCAGGCAGAAACACAUCUGUGAUUCACAAACUGGAUUUGCAAAAGUAAUGCUGAUUUAUCCUUCUCUCUUUGUGUGUCCUUAGAUGGAAUAACUCCAGUGGAUGGUUCAGUCAGCCCAGAGUUCUUCAGUGAUCUUCAGCCGCAGAAUGGAGACUCACACCUAACCCUGUAAGUUAGAACAACGUCAGAAACUAAAGCUGUUUCACUGUUGUUAUGAUCUUAGUUUGGUGGAAAAAUGUCAUUUGUAUGAUCAAUGAUUAUUCUGGCCCUUAUAUUUUUUAACUGGCAGAGCGACAUGUUAUUGUUUUCUCAGGUCAGUGAAGCUCUCAGCAGUAGGCCGCUGCUGUUCUGAUACCUGAUGCUUGGUAUCAGAGGGAAACUUUCUUUAAUGUGCCCUCAUUAUUGUUCACAAUAUUUUAAGCUGUUAAGAGAAAAAAGCUUUACAACAAAAACAAAAGUCACUGUCGACAUACUAACUUUAUAAAAAGGCUUUUUUAGAUGGAGGAAACAAACACACCCUGCUAAAAUGACAGCUCCUUGGCUUUAUUGUGACAUAUUUUGCAGAGGUUUGAAUGUAAUGAAGACACAGUAAAUCCAGUAGCAAGGGGCAGAGGAAGAGGAGCAAAGCUGCAGGAUUGAGGCAGAGUAUAAAAGCUGACGACCCUUUUCUAAUUUCUUAUAAUAAUCGGCAUAUUCUGAUUUAAAAAUAUCAAUGUCAUUCUCUUUGAACUCAGACUGGUGAUGGGAAGAACAGUUCUUUUGAUUGUACUGGAUCUUUAGAAUACGUUCAUUAAAAUGAUUCGUUCAAAAGUAGUUUACUGAAUCAGUCAGUGCUACGGAGCCCCGUCCUGCCGGUGCAGUACACCAGUUAGUGACACAGCCGCGAGUUCAUUCAUUGAACGAGCCCCUCCCCUCCCCUGCUGCUGAAGUCACUGCAUCGUUCACUGUGUGACACAUGUCAUUUAUUCGCCAAGUCCUGAAGGAAGAAUCACUCCCCUGCCCUGAAAAACUCACCUCUCUGUGUGUUGCCGUUAGCAGAAAAACAGCAGCACGCCGGCUAAACGAGUGCAAGUUGUCGUUCUUUUAUAUUGUGGAAUAGUGGAGAGAUUAAAAAUAAAUAAACAUCACAGCUGUAGUGGGGAUUCUGCUACUUUUAAAGAUAUCAAAUAACGUAUUGCUUUAAAUCGGCUGAAAUUAAAUCCUUCUUGCAAUACACGUGUAUUAAUGUAAAGGCUCUAUAAUGCACUGUUUUAUCUUAGCCUCAGUGAACGAAGCGGUGCUCGGCAGUAAGUGAAGUCGUUUGUUUCGUUUAUCAUGUCGUCCACAGACUGACUGAUACAUUUUGUUCACUGACUGAAACGUACUUCACUGACGUUUUGUUUACUGACUGAUACAUGUCGUUAACAGACUUUUUGUUCACUGACUGAUACAUAUCGUUCAUUCGCUGUGAGUGAAUCACGAGACUUCGUCUGCCCGCUCACUGGCUGGCUGUGUGUCGUUCGCCAAAGGGUUAAAGGUGGCAGUUUUACUCGCGACCGGCAUGCCCAAUAGUAUGUGUCUGCAGAGCCGGAGAGCCCUGCAGCUGCAGUUUUACACGCUGCAGUUCUACACGUGUUAGCGCCCCUGCUGGUAGGUCAGUGCUAAUGCAGGUGCUGCAGUUCAGUAAUUGGACUUCUUUACAUGGAUAAAAUGUGUUAUUUUGCUGAAAAAAAAGAAAAGAAAAAAAACGGAAUAUGAGCUGACAGUCAGUAUUUAAGGUUUGGUUAACCCAAAACACCUUGUAGAAUUUAGGUUUAUUCCAUCCAAAACAGUUAGGAGUAAUCUAAUUUCAAUGUAAUAAAAAAAUAUUUAUUUCUGGACCCAGUGUUUUAAAUGCCCGAGCCAAAGCAAGCUGUGCAGUGCUUGAAGCCCUGUAGGGACCGGCUUUGCCUUUUUAUUAUUUAUUCAUUACAUUUGAUGACAAUUUGACCCCUUUGAGUGAGAAUUUCAUAGUAUUGUCAUUCCAGGUAAUUCUUUGUGGUGAUCAACAAAAAAAAUAUGAUUGGCUCUUAACGUAUACAAAAAAAUGUCUUCUAUCAAGAACAAAGCUGUGCAAAAAGGCUGUCGCCAUGGAGAAGCCUUUGAUCAUAAAGCCACCAAGAAUUAGCCUUUUGUCAAAGUGGCUAAGUGUUUUAAUCUUAAGGUAAAGAGCAGUUCUUUGUGACUUGAGUGGUUGUUGGGAGAAACAGGAGGAAGAUGGAGCCAUGUCUGAAAGGCAGCAUCAGGAAAUGGGAGACAACCAUCACAAGAGUCUAAAUUCAUAUGGAAUGCAGGUUUGAAGUCCCUUGAUGGGGGCAAGUUCUUUUCUCUCAUUAUUAGAGUAGUUAAUUAUCUUUCUAUAGCAUUGAAUGGAGUCAUGAUGUUGUCCUAAUAUCAUAGAAACAUGCUGAACCUUGUAAAAUUGGUCAAAAACAUACCAUAAUCACUUCAGAAACAAACAACACAUCUUGUAGUAAACAUAUUUUUUUAUUAACAAAUUGAGGAUUUUGUUGCAGGACUUGUGCAGCCUCAUGUGAAUUAUCAGGAUGGAUGAGUCCUGAAAGAAAGAUACAUGAUAGAAAUAAAAUGUUUGACAUUUGACUUAGAUAUUUAAAGCCCAGAUUGUGAAGUAUGUAACAGCUCUACAUACCAUUCAGAGGUUUCCUUCCCUCUUCAUUUUCUUUUCAAUUGACCGACAGAAAUCUUCCACUUCACUACAAUAGGAAAUGAAAAUAAUCACUGCUGGGUAAAUUAAUAUUUGAAACUGAAAAACCUGAAAGAAAAAACUGUGAUGGAAAACAAAAAGAACUGGGCUUGAAAUACCUCUGGAAAAAGAACAUCCAUGAUGAACUUGAUGGGAUUACUGAAGGACAGUUGUGUGUUUGUUCUCUGCAGCACUGAAAACAAAAAAUUAAAAAGACGGUCCUGGUUGUCACUGCUGUCAAGGUACACAGGCACCUUGACUGACGACUCCAGUCUUAUCCAGUGUGAGGGCUUCCCUUGAAGUACAUCCUGUGGACAAACAAAGACAAAACAGAGAACAAUCAUGUGGUAAUUAGAAAAGGCAAAUUACCAAACCGAAGCUCUGCUGUGAGUUAUUUUGUAUGGUGUGUGAACAAAGUACCACCAAAUGCUGCUCAGCUCCUGUGGACUGCAGAAUGACAUCAACAAGUAGUUUCUCUUCUGCAGCGCGAUUAACAGCAAUGUGGACUAAAUGUCAAUUACAUAUGAUAUGCAUACAAUUGAAAAUAAUUAAUUAAAUGAUAAAUGAUAUACUAAGAAAUACCUGAUAUAAUAUACGAAAAAAUGCAUACGUUCAAGACAUUUCCAACAUGUAUGGGACAUCUCGGUUCAGAAAGCCUAAACUGUUUAUACAUUUUUUAUGUUCAAUCUGAUACACAUGACAAAAUUAUUUGUCAGCGUACUUCAGUCUCAGUAAAUAUAAUGGCGGCUUGUCGUCUACGGGUUAUACAAUUCCGACAAGCUAACAAUAGCUUUAGCUGGCUUAACCAAGAUAAAUAUUCGACGUGUCUUCCAGACUAUCAUGGUAAAUAUCAUUAACGUCCGCACAACCACACAUUCAUUUCUCAUUCAAAUCAAGUGAACGAUUUUGGAGACGCUAAAUAAAUUGUGGGAUUCACAUUUAAUACUCACGGUUCGAUCAACAAACUCCGCUACAGACCAUUGCAUACUAUUGACAACUCUUCUCCAAAGAACACGAAAACGAAGAGGAGUAAAAAAAGGGGGCGGUUACAUGAUUUCGAGACUCCGCCUCCUGCAGUUUUACACGCUUAGAACUGCAGCUGCAGGGCUCUCCGGCUCUGCAGAGACACCCUUCUCGGCAUGCCACGCUUGCGGCUGAGCUCAGCUGAACUGAGAAAGGAACGAAUCAUGUCUCGGAGUGAUUCAGUUCACUUCGUUCGCUCAGCAUUUCUGUUCUUUUGAACGAAACAUUAAUGAAUGACCGAACACUAACUUAGACUAAUCUCUGGCCUGUGUCACAAUACCACAACCCUUUUCUUGUCCUACACAUCUGAGUUGGUCCCCUCCUGCUCUGAGGUACAGUCAGUGUUAAUUGACUGUCUUUGUCUUUCAGAGAUCGGAAUGAUGUCUUUGACCAGACCAGCUCAUCACCACCUGGAAGACCGGCUACUGCCUAUGGGUUUAGACCUGAUGAACACCCGUUCCAUCAUUUCUCUUAAACUUUUGUCUGGUCUGUCAAACAUUUCAACCUUGGAUCCUCUUAUCCUCACCCUGCAUGGCCCUAACUCAUGUUACAGUUUCUAAAUAGUAGUAAUUGUUCAGACUUUCCAUUACAGCAAACUUAUUCAGAGGAUGACAGUCGAUAAUACUGAUGAUGGAAGAGGGUGUGUAGUUUAAUCCUGACAGGAUUCUGUGGGCCUUUCUGAGAUUGUUGUGGCCUAAAAUGCCAAUGGCCUUAUCCAUAAGGCACCCCGAUGCCAAAAGUUGCUCCUAGUGAUAAAAUCUUGAGAAAACUAGAAAUUGUGAAUUUUUUGCAGAAUUUCCACCUGUAAAUUAAAACUGGAAUCCUGGAAAAGAAAGGAGCAGCUUAACAUCUAUGAAUGGUCCUCUGACAAAAAGUUAGGAGUGAAGAGGACUUCAGGAGGCCCACGAGAUCUUCAAGCAGAGGGAAAUAUUAGGAAAGGUCAGUGAGAUGAGCAUUUAGUGAGUAAAACUCAGACUAGAUCACGUGGUUAUCAUUCUUGUGCUCAACAAAUGCAGCACAAUAUCAGCAGAAAUGAAAGUCUUCACAGUAUUAUGGUCAAGUGAAACAGAUGAGCCGUUUAAUGACUCGACAAAACCAUUAAGAGCAUUAAGAAUAACAGGCAAACUUGUAUGUAGCAAGAGAUAGUGAAUUUUUAAAUGUUUUUGAAAUGUUUUAAUGCAAGUUCAAAUGUUCGGUGGCGAAAGUUUUGUGUCACUAGUACAAAUACACUGUGACUGACUGGGAAAAUGCUAAGUAAGUGUUGUGUCUCCUGACAUCACAGUCUGUUCAUUACCAUUCAGAGACACAGCCAGGUGUGUAAACUGAAUGGAUUGAAUAAAAGUGAAUCAAACGGCCAAAAAGUAUUCUUUUGUGCAGUGUCAGUGUCUGUUUCAAUGCAGUUUGUAUGCAGGGAUAAUAAAUAUCAUUACACCCAAGAUAACUGCCACUCUGUUUGUUCUUGAAGUGCUGCACCACCAUCAAACAGUAUGUAAGCUCAGUUUCAUUAUAAACAAUCUUAACUCAUUGAUUAUUAACCACCUUUGACACAGAUUUUCCUCUUAUAUCCCUCUCAUACUCUUCCUGCUGUUUACUUAGGAAUAUGAACUUCACCCUGGCCAUGAGAGCUUGUCAGUGCCUGGUGUAAAGCUCUGUUUUCACUUUAGUCAUGAACACACCACCUCUGUCAUUUCCAGACUCACUGAUGCUCUCCUGCUCUGGCUCUAAACUCUCAGAGUUCCUCUCAGCUACCUUGUGUGUCAGUGUCUGUAUACUCACUUUUAGAUAAAGUCACAAGGCUGAUCCAGGUAAAGGAUUUACAAUUUACAGCUCAUGUUUUGGUCUGUGAUUUUCCAGAAUUGCUGAAAUUGCCACGGAUCAGAGAAGUUAUGCCAUUUGGAAUUGACCUCCACGAGAGUAACUGAAGCUGCACUGGUAUGAAUAGACAUGCUCCUCAAAACAUUAGCUUAGGUCAACGGCUGUAGAAUAAGAUAGAUGGCAUGAUUACCAGGAGUGAAGCCUAGAGUGUCAGUUACAGGCUGCAGUGUUGGUCUUCCCGUAUAUCUUUGACAUAAAAAAAUGUAUUCUCUAGAUUUUUCUUAUAAAAGUGAUGCAGUAUAAUAGCAUAAUUCAUAAAACGAAAUAAAAAAUCCCAGCCAGUUAUUUCUCCUGUUAGUUUUUCAGUUGUUUCUUUUUGCCUUGAAUGAUUAAAAUAAUAAGCCUUUAGUCUCAGAGAGGAGUUUGUCAAAACAUGACAUUUAGAUUUCACAAUCAGAUACGUUAUGAAUAUAAACACAAAUACAAAAUAAAUGGGUCAAUACAGACAGUUCAGUUGGUAAAAUAAUUCAUAUGGUCACAGAAUAAACACUGAAGAGAAGGUUUUUUUAAUGUGUUUUUAAACUCACAGAGACAAACACAGUCAUUUUACUUGGGUUAUAACAGAGCACACCUGUGCAGAUUCAAACAGCUGACUGAAAGCUUAUCUGGCUAAUCCAGGAUGUCUCAUGUCUCUCUUUGCUCUCUGCU